CAAGGGUGCCAAGCUUGGCCCCUUCGGGAUGGAAAGCAAGACCAAUGGCGCUGCAAGCUCUAUCUUCGGGCUUGGGAUCUGUCAAAAAGGCAGCGAACCGAGUCGCUCAGAGAGAGAGCCCCUUGGAGAAGAACCUCCGAGAGGCCACCUCCAACCAGAACUGGGGCGUGCCGAACAGCCAGCUGCAUGACAUCGCAAGGGCAUCCUUCGAUUUCCAGGAGUAUGGAGCCAUCGUCACGGAACUUUGGGCCGGCUUGCAGGAGUCCAAGAGUAGAUGGCGGCGAGUACUGAAAACUUUGAACUUGUUGGAGUUCUUGAUCAAAAAUGGCAGCGAACGCAUCAUUGACGAAGUGCGCCGCGACCAGUACAAGGUUCGGCCUCUCAUGGAUUUCAAUUAUUCAGAGGAUGGAAAAGACAAAGGCGCUGCCGUGCGAGAGAAGGCCAAAGCUGUCCUUGAACUGGUCAGCGACAAUGACUUGCUCCGCUCAGAGCGCGAGAAGGCUCGCACGCACCGGGAGAAGUUCAUGGGCAUGUCAUCAGUGGAUAGCAGCAGCUACUCUGGUGGCUACGGCGGUGGGGGCAGCUAUGGAGGUGGGGGCAGCUACGGCGGCAAGGACAGCUACGGCGGCAAGGACAGCUACGGUGGCAAGGAUAGCUACAGCGGCCGAGACAGCUACUCUGGGGCUGGCUAUGGUGACAAGCCGUAUGACCCCUACGUAGGCAACAAGAAGUUUGAGGAAGCACGCAGAAGACGAGAAGAGGACGAGCGAGAUCGGGACCGACGAGAUCGGGAUGACGACCGCGACCUGCGCCGCCGCGAGGACAGGGACUAUGACCGUCGAGAUGACAGGGAUGAUCGGCUGCGUGAUGAUAGAGACGACAGGGAGAGUCGACGCCGUGAUGAUCGAGAUGAUAGGCGAGAUGACCGGCGCCGCGACGAGCGUUCCCGGAGGGAUCGCGAUGACCGAGAGGAGAGGGAGAGGGACACUCGCAAAGCCGAGCCACAGGCGAACUUGUUGGACAUGGGAGAUUCCCCGAAGCCAUCAGCUCCCCAGGGAGCUCAGGGAGCUCAGGGAUGGGGUGCAUUCGAGACUGGCAACGACUUCGCGGACUUCACCUCGGCUGCACCUGCAGCGACGGAUGGCUUCGGAGACUUCGUGGGAACGCAGGCGGCCACUCAGGGCGACAUGUUCGGCAAUGUCCAGUUCCAGGCAGCUGCUCCGGCCGCGGCCGCGGCCGCCCCGGCCGCCCCGGCCGCCCCGGCCGCCCCUGCGUCAAUGCCUGACCUGUUCGCCGGAGAGGCGAACUUUCAGGGGGGGGGCCUGCGGUGGCGGCUGCGGCGGAGGCUGCGGCUGCGGCGGCGGCUGCGGCGCAGGCUGCGGCGGAGGCUGCGGUGGAUGUAGCGGCUGCGGAGGCUGCGGAGGAUGCGGAGGAUGCGGAGCAUGUGGAAGCUGCGGCGGCUGUGGAAGCUGUGGAGGGUGCGGAGGCUGCGGAGGCUGCGGAGGCUGCGGAGGCUGCGGAGGCUUCGGCUGCGGAGGCUGCGGCUGUGGAGAGGGAUGUGGAGGUGGCGGAUGCGGUGGGUGGACGGGAGCAAGCUCGACGGCCGCAAGUGUGGACACCAGCGGGUCUUUCCUGGAUGGCAUCUCCAGCAAACUUUUGGACCUGAAUCUGAGCUCCGACUCCCAAGCGUCCCAGUCAAGCUCCAAGCCCAUGGGAGGUGGCGCGGGAUCUAUGGGCGUGGGUGCGCCUGGAGGCAUGGGAGGCAUGGGUGGCAUGGGUGUGUGCGGAUGCGGAGGUUGUGGAGGUUGCGCAGGUUGCGCAGGUUGUGGCUGUGGUGGUUGUGGCUGUGGUGGCGGCUGUGGCUGUGGCGGCUGUGGCGGCUGUGGCGGCUGUGGCGGCUGUGGCGGCUGUGGCGGCUGUGGCGGCUGCGGCUGCAGUGCAUGCUGCGGUGGAUGCGGCUGCGGAUGUGGCGGCAUGGGCCAAAUGGGUCAGAUGGGCCAAAUGGGUCAAAUGGGCCACAUGGGUCAGAUGGGUCAAUGGGCCAAAUGGGCCAAAUGGGGAUGGGCCAAAUGGGCAUGAAGUGAGAGUGAUUCCCGGAGUGCUCAGCCUUUCCAAGUGGACCCUGCGUGCUGACACGGGGCAAUGUGUGGAGUCUGGAUGAGUUGAUGUGGAGGUAGUGUGACUCCGGCGCAGUGGGGUCAUCACCGCAGAUUCUUCAGUUGUUUGCAAGAUGAAGGUUUGUGUUCCGACCCUACUCAUUCUUCUGUGUUUUGUGUAUGCGCAAACGGGCACCAACUUGGAGGUGGAGUGACUGAGCUCUAUGUGCCACCGGUUGAUUUGGCACCGUCACGUGACAGAAGUGCACAAGGUAACACAAAUGUUCACCCCUUCGGUUCAGAAGGGAAAGGCAGCUUUUGAGCCAAUUCACAGCCGGAUGAGCA